UUAAUUUAAAGUCCAGGAAUUUAGUUCAGCUGCUCACGUUCAACUUGAGUUUGACAAAGGAAUAACGGGUCAUUGCGAAUACAGGCGGAGUCUGCUGAAAAACUCAUUUUUGUAUGUCUUCUUUGGGCUGGGUGUGGUUUUUCAGUCACAUUGCCGUUAGCAGGAAAUCAAGCUCUGUACCACCACUUUGAGGCGAUACAAAGAAAAUAGGAAAAUACGAGCAGCCUUCUUUAGGUUGUGGGAAAAGUUUGAAAUCAAAGUUUAACUGAACUUGACGGAGGAUUUUGAGAUUGUGCGCUUUAUCUAAUGGACACAAUUUUUUGUUGACUCCAUUGUUGCUAUCAUCCAAUUCCUGACAUCAGUGACUAAGGACAGAUAACUGCGAAAAUGCCGAAGACGGUGAGUAGCCUUUUUUAAUGUGUGGGACCAGUUAAAAAAAAUUAAAUAAAAUGUUUUACAUAGAAAUAAGACAUUAUAUAAAACGCUAUCUCUGGUCAAAAUGUAGCUAUCCAACUUGCGGUCUUGUUUGAUCGAGAAAGAUAAUUUAGCCCAUGACAGGCUAUAAAGUAAAAUGUUUGGAUUUAAAUUCUAUAAUUCUUCGAAAGCAUAUAUUUGGCACAUUUAACUCAAUUAGCCUACUGAAUGUGUCUGACUUUGUAUAGCCUAUGUAGGGCCAUAUAGGUUCAGAAAAGGUUUAGCGCGCCUCAAAUGAAUGAAAAGUGUAUUUUAAAACAUAUAUUUCAUGUAGGGCAGGACGCUGUAGCCUAUAUUUUUUCUCUAGCAUAUCCUAAACUUGAUUUAUUACCGAUUUCAAGGAAUUGAUACAAUGUUGCUCAACGUUCUUUUUUGUUAGGCUACCCUAGGUUUGUGUCUAUCCUAUGAACCGUUAUUUUGUGUCAACCUAUGCGCCAUCGGCAAUCCCCCCUUCCUGGAACGUGAUUGGCUUUUGAAUGAACUUUCAAGAAGUUGAAUAGGCCCUUGUUGGCUUCAUAUCAACUCGAUCCCUAUUGGGUCCGGUGAGGCGUUUCUGUAGUCUCGAGACUACAGAAACGCCUCACCGGAUCCAAUUCAUAUCAAUGUGACCUAUUAGUGUUGAUUUUGUUUGCUGUAGGCCUACCGGAUGUUCCCAUUGCCCAUUCGAUGACGUUGUGUUUGUCUUUGUGGUACCCCGUAGUACAACAGCAAGUUUAUGCACUCUUCAACAGUGGACUCCCAUGUUAGCCUGUCCUACAGGCCUGCUAUUGAGUGAUGGAGGUCAGAUCGCUUGCAUUGUGCUCUAUGAAAAUAUAGGCUAUUCUAGGAGAUACAGUAUCUAGAAAUGCAGGUUCUUAAAGUUUGAUCUAUGGCAAACCUUGGCCUAGAUUACCAGGCCUGUGUGAUUAGAUAUUUGCUAUAUAGUCCAGCCCAGGGAAAUUUAGUUGAAUGUAGAAUCUACUGGAUCAGUUCUAUUGAUGUUAAAUAGCAUUGCAUUUGUAAUUGAUUUUAUUUCUACGCUAUCUUUAUCAAGUAUUUACACCAAAUUAGGAACAAUGAAUAAGCCACUCGGUAUUGCAUCAGAUUUUAGGCCAGAAAGACAGAACGUAAGACAUCAGGAUUUGAAAAAUAUGUUUUGCUUAAUAAGAAUCAGUUACUGCGAUCAAAUGCACCUCAGGUAAUGACAGUAAAAUAAUGUGCAGUAUUGUGACAUUUAGCAUGUAAGAAUCAAUUGUGAACUGAUGAGAAGAUUAUAGUUGUAUUUAUUUUAAUCUGUAGUUAUGUAUUGACAUGUCUUUUCACAGAAGUCAUCCAUGUGUCCCCCUACCAUUAGUGUAGGCUUUGGCUGUGCUUCUUUUGGCAAUGUUAUAGCUUCCCAAGGAACUGUAAUCUAGUGACUCAAGGUUUCUAAGAUUGCGUCAGUAACUUUUUAGCUAUUUCCUGGCCUGCAGUCACUUGACGCUGCCACUGAAAGCCUUAUUUGGUGUUUCACAGCACAGACUCCCCCUUCUCCGUCCUGUGCAACUGCAUGGUCCUCAGGCAGUGUUUCAGCACUUGAGGUUUUUAAGCACUUCUACAGGUCACCCCAUGUCAGAAAUGAUAUGCUAUGUUACAUCAAGCAAUUUUAUUACAUUCAUAAAACCCUCUCAUCACUAAAAAGUUACUUGCAGUCUGGUUAAUUUUCUUUCAGAUGUACCUUUAGACUCUAGAACUCUACACAUCACUAAUAAAUGUGUUAUUCUGUGAGGUUGCUUUCCUUCAGAACUAUGAUAUUCUAAUCAACAGCAAUUUCUACUUACUACGGUCCAGUGAAGUGAAAUACUAUUAUGGCAUAAGUAUAAUUUUGUUAGUUGGUAAAGCCUUAGUUCUUCACAAACAACAAAUAAUAGAACCAAGUGAAGUGGAAAGUCCAGUGGUAUGUAAGAAGGGGAUUAAGCAGCUCUGUAAACGCACAUAGCAGAGCUGAGAUUAACAAUUUGUAAUAAACUAAACUACAGGCGGUAGAGUGUGUGAAAGGCAGAAAUUAUGCAAACCUUUGGGGGCUUCAGCCCGUAAAUGGAGGGUAUCUGUGCGGCAGGUCUGAAACAUCUCUCUGGCUGCAGAAAACCAACCAGUGAGUUGUCUUUUGUUGUUUUUUGUGUGUUUUUGAGUUGAUUUAGAUGAGGUUUGUUAGAAACAGAACUUUAUUUAUUUUUUACACAGGAUCUCACCCUAGGUUAGCAUAAAGCACUGGACUAUUACUAAGUUGGUAAGUGAACAGUAAUGAUUCUGAUAACGACCUCAUCAAUUUGUACUGAUAAGUGGUUGCUUUAAGGUGUUUGAAUACAAAGGAGCUGGCAUUAUCUGGGAUUCAUGAACCUGAUUUGAAAAAGGGCAAGUCAUAGUACAGUGAGUUUAACUAACUUGAAUCUAAUAUAAGACUCACAAACACAUUCAAUCUGAAAAAAUAUAAACAUAUAAUUGAAAUUCUUGUAUUGAUUCUGUAAAACUGUCUUUUGUGGGAGUUUAUACAAUUUGAGCGUUAAUAGUUUGAGGCUAACCUAGUUCUCAGAAUUAAAGUCAGAGAGAGUUUUUAGUUUCUACAUCAGUGCAUGUGGCUCAAAUCUUCCUGUUUAUGUUGUUGACCUUAAAACAUACUAUGAAUACUUUUCUAAUUGAUUGUAUUCCAUUUGUGUAUGGGAAUAUGUUUGUGAAUGGUUAAAAUUCACCUCCAAAAGUACGUGACCAAGAAUCUAACAUAGUAUAAGGAUUAUCCAUCAGUUCCUGAUUUCCACUUAUUUAUGAUUUUUGAAUCCCCUUCAAAGUUUAUUUGUUUGUAUUUCAAUCAGAUGUCUUGAAGGGAUGCAGUUGAAGGAUGAGGCAUUCCAAACAUGUUGGAAAGAGAAUUUGGAAAGUGGAAAAUGUAACUUCCUUUUUUCCUAGUGAUUGGUGUCCCAGUUUAUAAUCAUUUGCGUACUUUACUGAAAUACAGUCUAUUGCUAAGAUUUGUUAUAGCUUUGUUUGCUCCUCAGUAUGACCAAACGCCCUUUACAAGACAGAAAAGGCAUUGAACGUUCCCAAGGCAGAAUGGAAACAUUAACAUGGGUGAUUUUGUAGCACCUACAGAUUAAACAUUAUAGAGUCUUAAAGGAGACCUGGGUAAAGGCCUUUGCAGACUGUACAAUUUUAGCCGUCUUAUGCCACGAUUUUGCUGUCCCAGACAAAAUGUCCACGUCGUGGGCAAAUUCUUAGGUUGUAAACAAUUGUCGGAUGUCUUGACUCGUUCAGUGUGACAGGGUCUAGGUCUGCCGAUUAAGUACCACUACGUGCGGUCGUAGGCUCUGACAGUUCUGGCUGUGUCAGAUUUUUUUUGCCUUUAUCGUGUAUUGUGUGUGACUGGAGUUAUGAGGCGAUCCCGAUGACUGACCAAUAGUAACACGGCCGGCACUGAGUAUGUACACAAUAAUACGAUUAUUGUAAAUAGUCAGAUUAAUAUAAUAGUUCGAUUUAAACGUUUACAUGCUGUGCAAGAAUAACGAUUUCCCUAAUAAUCUUGUUUACAUGACACAUCUGAAAUCAGGCUACUUGAAAUCCUCUGUAGCUCAGCUGGUAGAGCACGGCGCUUGUAACGCAAGGGUAGCGGGUUCGAUCCCCGGUAUCACCCAUACGUAAAAAUGUAUGCACACAUGACUGUAAGUCGCUUUGGAUAAAAGCGUCUGCUAAAUGGCAUAUUAUAUUAAUUAAUUGAUGGGAUUUUGAUAAAUCCGUAAAAAAUAUUUAAAAAAAUAAAACGUUCUACCACCAUGUUAUUUUGGGGAAGCCUAUUUGAUUCUGAGUUUGGACAUAUAAAGCUUGUAUGUGUAAAUGAUUUCGAAGAUGCAUACUUAAGAGUUUUUCCGAACUCACUUCACUCGCAUAGAGAGAGGCUUGCGCUGCUGGUGCUGGCACAUGCGCAGAUCAAAUACACCGCUGCAGUUGACGUAGCCUACGUCAGCUGACGUAGCCUCGAAAGUCAAUCGCAGAAUGUGACGACAGAAUUGAAGGAUAUCGUACAAUCUGGCCAGGUUGAUAUCAAUAUUUUAAUUUGGUAACAUCGCACAGUGUGACGUGAUAAUCGUAAAAGACUGAAUCCGAUGUACAGUCUGCAAAGACCAAAGGCCAAAAUGUCACAACUAUUCCAACUUAAAUUAAUUGUUUCAAAAUGUUAUGCUUUAAGAUACACAUUUCUAAAAUAUGUAAUCAAACCUUCCUCCAAAGGACUCUUCUAUGGAUUACAUUUUGUGAAAAUCCCCAAAUCAUGGUCGGUUUUGUUCUAGUUUUGUGAGGAAUCACCCACAAAACUAUACUUGGUCCUGUUACUGAGAGUGAUGUUUUGCUGCUGUUCUAAUAAUAGUGUGUGAGAAGUGUUCUGAGCACUGGCCAUGUGAGACCCACCCUUACCAGGCAGAACUGCACAUUCUUGGUUCCUUUUUUCCUGUGUGAGAUGAACUAUUUUUACCCAGGAAAGUCACUUCUUAACAACCCUUGACUGGCAGCCAAGGACCUGUUGGCCUGAACUACACAACAAAAUAAUGUCUAAUCAGUAGGCUAUGUCAUGUUAAGCAGUUUGUCUGGUUGGCUGGGAAAAUAGAGUAUAGUGUAUAGAGAAAAUAUAAAAGUGGUAUGGUUUAGGGCAGUGGUUCCCAACCUUUUUCGCUUACUGUCCCACCAACAAAAUGUUGGUCUGUCUGAACUACCCCUGAAGUAACCCCUCAUGUGCAUUUUACCAGUAAGCCUAUGGUCACAUGAGUCUUCUCAAGUACCCCCUGUGGAUAGGCCAAGUACCCCCAGGGGUCCUAGUACCCCUGGCUGGGAACCACUGAUUUAGGGGAUUCAACAAAACAAUGAUGCAAAUAAAUGUUUAACAUGGUGACAGAGGCACAAUGUGGGUCUUACAUGCAAAUCUACUCUCAAUGUCUUACUGGAUCUUGUAAAUUAGUGUCAUUUAACAAAUCUUAGUCACUGAAGUUAUAUUCAACUCACAUUUGUUGGUGUGGCUCAGUUCAUAGUUAGGGUAAACCAUAAAAGGAAUAGCUAUUUUUUAUUUAUUUAACUAGGCAAGUCUGUUAAGAACAAAUUCUUAUUUACAAUGACGGCCUACACCGGCCAAACCCGGACGACGCUGGGCCAAUUGUGCGCCGCCCUAUGGGACUCCCAAUCACGGCCGGUUGUGAUACAGCCUGGAAUCGAACCAGGGGGUUUGUAGUGACGCUUCAAGCACUGAGAUGCAGUGCCUUAGACCGCUGCGCCACUCGGCUAUGGUGUUAUAGGCUUUGGGGUUUUGGUCGAUUUCGUUUUUGAUUUCGAGGUUGGUUCUGUUUGGGUGUGGCUUGCCCUGAUUGGAUGUGUUGCAACUGUCGCCUUGUUAAACAUUCUUUAGUUUCACCUGUGCUGGCACAGGUGACAUUUUAGCACUGCAGAGCCUAUGCGCCAGUUGGCAUGAGAGAUGUUGGAAGAGCUAGACUGCUGUUUAACUCUCCCGCUAUGUUUGUGAAUACAAAGCCUUUUAUUUUGUGUCUCCCUGUUCGGUUUGCUCCACGUUUAUUUUCACUCCCUAACCUAAGUUGGUGUGGGUUUUCUUUUCUUUUAGUUUAGUUUAUCAGGCAAAUCUAGUGGGUGUCCAUGGUGGGUGUGUGUUGAGACUCGAGUUUGCUUGGCCAGCAUUCAGUAGGCAUGGAUGCCUUUCAGAACCCAUUUUAAAACCCCACCUGGUUUGUUUUGUUGUCAGUGACUCAUUUGUUAGUUAUCUUUUUAUGUUGAGCAACGAUUUUUGGUUGGUUAUUGGGGAACGUAACAAUGGCAAUAGACAGUUAUAGGCCCUAACUUGUUUACAAAUAUAAGUUAUCGCUCAUGAAAUAGCCUGCAAAUGCACUUAAAGCUUCAUUUCACUGGUAGAUAUUGCCAGAAAAUGGACAGAGGAAAUGAAACAUUCAGCUAACCACUCCCUAGAAAACUGGGCCUUCAUUUUGUAUGAAAUACAAAGUUGAUUUAUUAAUCUCUCCCCCACAACGUUAGGUAACACCUUUGAGAUGUGUCCAGAUCGUGUUAAGUCAUACGUUUUAAUAAAACAAGGAACUCAAAUAUGCACUGUUGAGUGGCGUAGAAUUUGUUUCAGAACCAACCAUGUUAAAGGUUUGUACUAAUUACUUGUAGAUGGCUGAAUGUGUCUGGGUCGUUGGUGAAGCCUAAAUGAGAUUAAUGUUCACGGUAGUUAGUUCCUGCUCCUACAGGCCUCGGUCCAGUCACAGCUCUACUCUACAGCCCUCUACUCUGUGUGCCGCCUCAGUCCAGCCACUCCAGUCCUCUGCUCUGUGGCGCCAGUGAUGGCAGGAAGUGGCAGGAUGACAAGUGGCCUGACCAGCGAAUGGGGCCUGCUGACACAAAGGGGAAAGAACGCAGCCCUAAUCAGCCACACAGCUGGGAAAUAAAGCAUGCCAUUGUGGCUCAGCUCAGGCGUGGGCCUCAGGCCUGCUCAGUUAUUUCCCCGCCACAUACACACACACACUCAAACACAGGCUGGCUGAUUGUGCAUGUUAUCUCUGAGAGGACAGAGAACAUGGAGCCAUGUCAAUAUAGCUGUAUUAAUCACUCACAGCGUGGGAUGAAAAUAUGUUUAGGGUGCACAGCAGGAGGAAGCUUGUAUACCAUAAGACAGGCAGCAUAUACUCAUUUGUUGCAUUCCUUUUAUGGGCAUAUUCCAUUUGUUUCUAAUUCAUACUAGCUAUAAGACUGCUGUGAGUGUUGGGCCAUGAUGUAGUGGUCUAAAGACUGAGAUAUCCAUGAUGGCUAGCUCAUCAGGUUUUGUAUGCCUGCUGUUAUAUAAAUCAUUCUAAAAAUAAGGCUACUUUUCUUUAUUCCACUUGUGCAGUUACAAAAAUGGCAGAACUUGCAACUUUUUAUCAUAAUUACGUAUAGGCCUACAGUAAAUGUCAUAUGAGGGCAAAACAGUGCGAUAGAGAGCUACGUGUCCUUUUUGCAUGCAUGUGUGUGUGUGUGUUAAGAAAUCAAAAAGAGAAAUUGUGCUGGUGCAAUCACUGAGCACACGUUAUCUCUGAGAGGAAGGCAGGCAAGCAGCAAUGUGAUGCAUUACAGGAUGUAGUGUUAGUGAGCUCCAUGUUGGGCGGCCCACCCUUGCUUUGCGAGGCCCAGCUACCAGAGGAUGUGGUUACUUCCUGUAGUGAAGCAGCUUGGUAGAGAGAGAGAGCUGGGGGACAACAUGUCCGCUUAGCAUGCGAAAACCCCAAAAGUAUUUCUGCCACUCAUUUAGAGAGGUAUACUGGCCAGAUGCAAAAUUAUUUAAUUUGACACAGUUUUAGUAUACCUCAUAGUAGCUGUAGGUAGUUUUUACUUCUAUGUGAAAUCUACUCCCACUAAAUUCUGUUUAACAUUCUGUUAGUGUAGUGGACAAAUUUUAUCGCAUCAUUAAGAUAAAAUAUUUAUUUCCCUUUUGGUUUCUGUGAAGUCAGUGUGCCUCUUUUUCCAAUAUAAGCUAAUAAUACCUCAUUGCGCUGUCUCCCUCAAUGGGUUUCCUGCAAUUGUUUUUUCCAGGGUUUGAGGCUGAUCAAUCAUUUUAGUCUAGCACCUCCCCUAAUUGUCUGUACCAGGCACGGAAAAUGGCGUCUCUCCCACAUUGUACAUAUUUGAAACAUUGUAAUUGUCUGCCCCACCCUCCCCUCUCUAGUGAGUAAGGGAGUUGAAAUUAACAUGCAUAUUAAUUAUGUCUCAAAGGAGUAUACCCAAAGAGUAUUUAAUGGAGUAGGAUGGACAUGCAACAGCUCUCAAAUAAAGACAAAAAUGUUUCACACUGCUUUGAUAAAAGUCAUGGUUGAGUGUUAGUCUCAGAUAUCCCAGACCUGGGAGCAACGUAAGCUAGGCAAUGGCACUGGAGCAUUGGAACAUUGCUGGAAGCAACCCAACUGUCUAGAAUGACUAGUUGAGUGUCAGCCUAAAUUGUUGUAUUAUGGCUUUUGCUUACUGCCUGUUGAAAGCAGUAUUUGGAACCUAACGUACUAUGAUGCCUUGGCUGCCUGCUCUGUUCAGUAGUUAUCAGUUUAUAAACCACUGACAUUUUGGAUGAAACAUAUCUGACAACCCACAUACACACCAUUUAUUCUGAAAGUGUGUGGGUCCACCUUGUUAUAACCAUAAAUCUUUCAUGAGAUGAAGGCAAUUAUAAGUAACACUGCCAAAAUGUUUAAUCAAAAAAUGACUUUGCCAAGUUAGUGUGCUCAUAUGCCUGGCCCUAUGUUGUCAUGUAGGUGCACUCCUGCCCUGCUGUGAAACUCUACUGCCUCCGGUCAUAGAAUGAGGGUUCAUAGAACGAUGGUUCAUUCUAAUGCCUAUAAGGCCUAUUCCCUUUUGAUCAAUCCAAAAAAUUAAUUCUGUAUAUAAAUGUAUAUAUUUAUUAGCAUAAAUCAUAAGUAAGUAACUCUAACAGUCUCUAUAAUCAAUGUAGACUGAUCCAACAUGCUAUUGAUUCUCAAUCUCAAAUUCUCAGAGGCAUCUAAUGUGAUAAUCACUUUGUUGUAAAUUAGGUACACCGACACAACUAACUUUUAUUUUGAUGGGAUUCACUGGUUGUCAGUCACAGCGUACUAACUCAUGUUGUUUUCUUUAACAGAUUAGUGUGCGAGUUACCACGAUGGAUGCAGAGUUGGAGUUUGCCAUCCAGCCCAACACAACGGGAAAGCAACUCUUCGACCAGGUAAAAACAAUGCUUGCUCUGCUGAAACAUGCUAAUGGUUUUGCCUCCUCAGUGGCAAAUUGCACGUUCUUGUGGUGCUUUUCUUCUAAUGCCAAUCAAUGUAAAUUGCAAGCUGGGGAAUGGAAGCCCAGGUGUGGGACUGGAGUGGAGGGUUUAUUUUUAUAGGAACUCUCACUCUCUCACUGUUCUUCUCAUUGAAUAAAUAUGUUUGCUAUUGCGUAGGCCUGCGAUCAAAACAUUUUUGGGGGCUCCAGAAGUUUUUUGUUAUAUAUAUAGAGUGCCUUCAGAAAGUAUUCAAACCCCUUGAUUUUUUCCAGAUUUUGUUAGGUUAAAGCCUUAUUCUAAAAUUGAUCAAAUCGUUUUUGUCCACUCAUCAAUCUACACACAAUACCCCAUAAUGGCAAAGCAAAAACAGUUUUAGACAUUUUUGCUAAUUUAUAAAAUAAAAAAAAUGGAGAUAUCACAUUUACAUAAGUAUUCAGACCCUUUAAUCAGUACUUUGUUGAAGCACCUUUGGCAGCGAUUACAGCCUCAAUUCUUCUUAGGUAUGACGCUACAAGUGUUGCACACCUGUAUUUGGGGAGUUUCUCCCAUUCUUCUCUGCAGAUCCUCUCAAGCUUUGUCAGGUUGGAUGGGGAGCGUUUCUUCACAGCUAUUUUCAGGUCUCUCCAGAGAUGUUUGAUCGGGUUCAAGUCCGGGCUCUGGCUGGGCCCAUCAAGGACAUUCAGAGACUUGUCCCGAAGCCACUCCUGCGUUGUCUUGGCUGUGUGCUUAGGGUCGUUCUCCUGUUGGAAGGUGAACCUUCGCCCCAGUCUGAGGUCCUGAGUGCUCUGUAGCAGGUUUUCAUCAAGGAUCUCUCUGUACUUUGCUCCGUUCAUCUUUGCCUCAAUCCUGACUAGUCUCCCAGUCCCUGCCGCUGAAAAACACCCCCACAGCAUGAUGCCACCACCAUGCUUCAUCAUAGGGAUGGUGCCAGGUUUUAUCCAGACGUGACACUUGGCAUUCAGGCCAAAUAGUUCAAUCUUGGUUUCAUCAGACCAGAGAAUCUUGUUUCUCAUGGUCUGAGAGUCUUUAGGUGCCUUUUGGCAAACUCCAAGCGGGCUGUCAUGAGGAGGGCCUUCCGUCUGGUCACUCUACCGUAAAGACCUGAUUUGUGGAGUGUUACAGAGAAUGUUGUCCUUCUGGAAGGUUCUCCCAUCUCCACAGAGGAACUCUGGAGCUCUGUCAGAGUGACCAUCGGGUUCUUGGUCACCUCCCUGACCAAGGCCCUUCUCCCCCGAUUGCUCAGUUUGGCCGGGUGGCCAGCUUUAAGAAGAGUCUUGGUGGUUCCAAACUUCUUCCAUUUAAGAAUGAUGGAGGCCACUGUGUCCUUGGGGACCUUCAAUGCUGCAGACAUUUUUGGUACCCUUCCCCAGAUCUCUGCCUCGACACAAUCCUGUCUCGGAGCUCUACGGACAAUUACUUCGACCUCAUGGCUUGGUUUUUGCUCUGACAUGCACUGUCAACUGUGGGACCUUAUAUAGACAGUCGUGUUUCAUGUCCAAUCAAUUGAAUUUACCACAGGUGGACUCCAAUCAAGUUGUAGAAACAUCUCAAGGAUGCUCAAUGGAAACAGGAUGCACCUGAGCUCAAUUUCGAGUCUCAUAGCAAAGGGUCUGAAUACUUAUGUAAAGGGGUCUGAAUACUUUCCGAGAGGGUUAGAACUCCAUCCCACCAAAACAGGCUGAAAUAUCAGGCGGUCUUUUCAAACAGCUCUUACACUAAAAGGGCAUUAUCAUAAUUUUCACAAUUUCACAGUAUUAUUCCAACCUCAUAGUGUGGAAAUAUAUAUAAAAAGAAAAUCACAUUUUUGAUUGCACUGGGCCUGCAGAUACAGUGCAUUCGUAAAGUUUUAAGACCCCUUCACUUUUUCCACAUUUUGUUACGUUACAGGCUUCUUCUAAAAUUGAUUAAAUAAAAAAUGUUCCUCAUCAAUCUACACACAAUACCCCAUAAUGACAAAGCAAAAACAGGUUUUCAGAAAUGUUAGCAAAUUUAUGGGGUAUUGUGUGUAUAUUGAUGAGGGAAAAAAACAUUUUAAUCAAUUUUAGAAUAAGGCUGUAACGUAACAAAAUGUGGAAAAAGUCAAGGGGUCUGAAUACUUUCCAAAGUAUAUACAGUACCAGUCAAAAGUUUGGACACACCUACUCAUUCAAGGGUUUUUCUUUAUUUUUACUAUUUUCUACAUUGUAGAAUAAUAUUGAAGACAUCAAAACUAUGAAAUAACACAUAUGGAAUCAUGUAGUAACCAAAAAACUAAUCAAAAUAUAUUUUAUAUUUAAGAUUCUUCAAACAGCCACCCUUUGCCUUGAUGACAGCUUUGCACACUCUUGGCAUUCUCUUAACCAGCUUCAUGAGGUAGUCACUUGGAAUGCAUUUCAAUUAACAGGUGUGCCUUCUUAAAAGUUAAUUUGUGGAAUUUCUUUCCUUCUUAAUGUGUUUGAGCCAAUCAGUUGUGUUGUGACAAGGUGUGUGUGUGUGGGGGGGUACAGAAGAUAGCCCUAUUUGGUAAAAGACCAAGUUCAUAUUAUGGCAAGAACAGCUCAAAUAAGCAAAGAGAAACGACAGUCCAUCAUUACUUUAAGACAUGAAGGUCAGUCAAUACGGAACAUUUCAAAAACUUUGUCAUUUUAUUCAAGUGCAGUCGCAAAAACCAUCAAGUGCUAUGAUGAAACUGGGUCUCAUGAGGACCACCACAGGAAUGGAAGACCAGAGUUACCUCUGCUGCAGAGGAUAAGUUCAUUAGAGUUACCAGCCUCAGAAAUUGCAGCCCAAAUAAAUGCUUCAUAGAGUUCAAGUCACAGACACAUCUCAACAUCAACUGUUCAGAGGGGACUGUGUGAAUCAGGCCUUCAUGGUCGAAUUGCUGCAAAGAAACCACUACUAAAGCACACCAAUAAGAAGAAGAGACCUGCUUGGGCCAAGAAACACGAGCAAUGGACAGUAGACCGGUGGAAAUGUGUCCUUUGGUCUGGAGUUCAAAUUUGAGAUUUUUGGUUCCAACUGCUGUGUCUUUGUGAGAUGCGGUGUGGGUGAACGGAUGAUCUCCGCAUGUGUAUUCCCACCGUAAAGUAUGGAUGAGGAGGUGUUAUGAUGUGGGGGUGCUUUGCUGGUGACACUGUCUGUGAUUUAUUUAGAAUUCAAGGCACACUUAACCAGCAUGGCUACCACAGCAUUCUGCAGCGAUACGCUAUCUCAUCUGGUUUGGGCUUAGUGGGACUAUUGUUUGUUUUUCAACAGGACAAUGACCCAACACACCUACAGGCUGUUAAGGCUAUUUUACCAAGAAGGAGAGUGAUGGAGUGCUGCAUCAGAUGACCUGGCCUCCACAAUCCCCCACUUCAACCCAAUUGAGAUGGUUUGGGAUGAGUCGGACCGCAGAGUGAAGGAAAAGCAGCCAACAAGUGCUCAGCAUAUGUGGAAACUCCUUCAAGACUGUUGGAAAAGCAUUGCAGGUGAAGCUGGUUGAGAGAAUGCCAAGAGUGUGCAAAGCUGUCAUCAAGGUAAAGGGUGGCUAUUUGAAGAAUGUCAAAUAUAAAAUAUGUUUGGAUUUGUUUAACACUUUUUUGGUUACUACAUGAUUCCAUGUGUGUUAUUUCAUAGUUUUGAUGUCUUCAGUAUUAUUCUACAAUGUAGAAAAUAGUAAAAAAUAAAGAAAAACCCUUGAAUGAGUAGGUGUGUCCAAACUUUUGACUGGUACUGUAUAUCUGGUAAAAGGCUGACAUUUGGAUGUUUCAAUUAAAAAAGCCUGUCACAUAACUAUAGAAAUUGAAACAUUGUGAUUUCAUUGUGAUUUCAGAGACACAAAGUAACAAUAACCUAUGAUUAAAGGGUUAGGCUAUACUGGGCUCUCAACAUCGUCAUCAUUAUUCACAUCAUUCCAAUUUAAUCAAUUCACAAUUAUCAGUUUUGGUGUUGACAUCAAUGAACAUUCUUUCCGAGUGAGGAGUGACACAUGGGUAGGCCUACAAAAGGAAAACGUCUGAAAACGAAAAUGAUUAUGAAAUUAGAGCCACAGAAACCUAACGUCUGCCUUUCCCCCUACAUUUGAACAGUCUACUAAGUCAAUUUAAUGUAGGAAAAUAUCACCAAAUCCAUUUAGGCUAUGUCCUUUCAUUUAGUCUCAAUAUGAUAGGGAAAAUGUAGGGUAUUUCAAAAGAACAGAAUACCAUAUUUUGAGUUGACUCUAUAGGCCCGGGAUGGGCAACUCCAGUCCUCUGGGGCCUGAUUGGUGUCACACUUUUGCCCCAGCCCCAGCUAACACAUCUGGACUGGAGUUGCCCAUCCCUGGUAUAGGCUAUACUAAAGAUCUAUCCAAGGUUCAACUUUAAGGCAAGGGCAUCUUUUUAAAACUAUUUUGAUACUCACGUUAAGUCUUGAUAAUAUGAAUGAGAAUGUAGUCAAUUUUGUUUUGAAAUCAGUAUUUGUCCAUCUCUCCCAUUCUUCCCAUUUUAAAUAAAAAAAUAUGCCUGAGAGAUUCACAAGACUUUAACAUUGGAAUGUUGUAAAGUGCUGCCCUACCCUGGCUGGUGAGGACACUGGGGGGAAUAAUAGGCACACAAACUGAAGAAGACUAUUUAGUAUUUUAUUAAUUUAAGAUUCUCACCAAGACAUGCAGACAGACAAACAGUACAGUAGGCUAUACAUUGCACAAGAAGAGUAUAGGCUAUUUUAAGAGAUUUAAGAGAAUGAAUGCAAUUAUAUGCUGCUAAUGAACAAUAACUUGGCCCAAUCAAUUACCUUUGAAACUAUCCUCUUUGAACUGCCAGAUCUGAAUAAAUCGGUUGGAUGGAUGGCUUCGAUUGUCAGCAAUCAAAUUGCAAGUCGUUCAUUUGCCAAUAAUCCAAAUAGUCUGCUUAAAAAGACCUUGCACUGCUACCCUCAGUAUUCAUUCUUCUUAGAGGUCAGAACAAGCAACCGGGACGUCACCAGAGUUUCAUAACCAGGGGCAUGAAGGCUACACCUUCAGACGGUAACGACAGACCGCAAAGUCCUUCUGGAAGUGCACCGAAUAUGAUGCUUUCGAAUGCCAAAGUUGCAUAACGCUCACUGACGGGGUUAUCUCCAAGUUAUGCUGGAUACGCGGUUCUUUCAGCGCCCCGAACAACUUGAGGAGCUCCUGACAUACUUUCAGGCAACAUGGGUUGGAGAGAAGGUCGGACGCAUUGGAGAAAACCAAUGUUUCCCAUAGGUAGGAAAUGUCCUGUUUAACAUAAUAAUGUUUUUAUUAUUCGUAUUCUUAUUAUUGAUGGCAGUAUGCCCAAGGCCAAUAACAUGGAUGCUAAUCUGUUUAUAUCUCUCUUAUUUCUUUAUUUUUAAAUUAUGGAGCUGAUACGAUGCUGUCCUGCAAGACUUGGCGAAGACCAACAACGGAGUGGAGGGCUGCUGGCAUCGAACAUUUUUGGCGAAUUUUGCGCUUACCACCCCACCAUUUGGAAGUUCAUCGAGGCAUUUCAAUGACAGCAGCAAAGACGUGAAAUGAGAAUGGAGCAGCAACUUGCUGGCGUUUCUCUACCAUGGCAAAGACCCCUCUACCGCAAGCAACAGAAGGAUCAGAAGUCACUAGUUCAGAAGUACACCACGAUUGAACGGCUGGAGUCUUACCUGAAGAGCGUUGCCUACACUUUCAAGUUGCAGUUGUGAAUACUCCAAAAUCCAUCUGAGAAAAAUGAGCACCUAGCCCACUUGGACACGUCUUCAUGACACAUCAAUUUCAACCCUUUCAAUGACUCCAAAAUCCCAAUGAGGGAAAAUGUGUUAAUGAACUUGUUUUUAUGGCGCUGCAUUGUCAUGUAGAAUACUCUUAUUUUUUGUAUUGUUUGGUUAUUUGAAAUAAAUGUUUUAGAACUACUUAGUUUUGCCAUAUUCUUUUUAAGUAUUUUGCUACGCUUUUUUGUUGAUAAAGAAAGGUUUUAUAGUGAAUUGUUCGUGUUAAUGGAUAGUGUAAGAACUACAUAAUACGAAAAUACAUGAUUUAAAACGAAAAUACAUUGUAGAAACUAGAUAUUGGCUGUUUUUAGCCUUCAGCCUUUAUAUAACCAUAUGAACGAAUUUAUAUAGGCCUAGAUUACAAUAUUCUGCCCAUAUGAAGGAAUGUAUAUACAAUAUUUGUAGCCAUACAUUAUUUAAUGAAAAGCAGUAAACAUACACAUUUAAUAAUAGACUCAUAAACACAAUCAGGCAAUAGUUAACAUACACAACAUUGUUUCACAUUUUUUAAUAACUGACUCAUAAACAGAAUCAUGCAAUAGGCUACAGCUGGCUUCACAGCUUCCCCGGCGCUUCACAGCUUCCCGGGGAAAGUCGAUUUAUUGUAGCCUCACGUGGAGGAAAGGGUAGCGGAGGCAGGCGUUCGCUUCUGCUGCAGUGUUCACGGUAAAAUAUUACGAGUUGUAGCGGUGCUUCGGAUUUGUCAUUAAACUAUCUACCCACCCUAAGCUUACCCAUCUCAACUCAAGGCCGGCUCAAUCAAAUCAGAUGACUGUGUAGAACUGGGUGAUUUGGUGAUGGUGUGGUGUGCAGGCAGUGGUAGUGUGUUUAAACUGUCUUCUUAAUGGGAAACACCCCCACCAGCUCCUCUCCAAGGCUGUUUACACAGCAUAUGUGCCUCCUCCAAGGUAUUUAGUGCAUGAGUGGUCAUCAGUCCCUAGCCGUCUCAAGCUGUACCAUGCCUGCCUGUCUGUGUGAGGAGAGGAGAGGAAUGUAUGUAGAGAUUGGUGCUUGGUGCUUGGCGCUUGGCGAGCCGUUUUGGUCCCACCAGUGUUAAAGUGGCACUCUCAGACACAAACACAUCAUGGCUGUAUGGCAGGCCAGCCUGGCCUCAGAUUACAUCUCUAUUGUUUUAGCAGAGGGGCCAGACACUCUCUGAAUCACCCCAAGGCAUCCAUCACCAAUUUUAUAAUGGACCUAUCUCACUUAAUGCUUAUAAUCACAUAGAUUAUUAAUUUGUUUCUAUUACUUUUAUUAUUAUUAAUUUUUAAACUUAAUGUGGACUUUGUUGUCCAGACAUAUCUGUGUCAGGACAGCCACAGACCCCUCUAAGUGACGUUUGAUGUAGUGGGCAAUCUGGGCAGGGGACUGGAUGACUCCCUCCACAGCCAUUAGAUAAGAUUACAGAGUUUCCACUCUAUUUUUACUCAGGCAAUCAGAAAUAGAGCUGUAUGGUGCAACAAUGCUGAAGCACUAAAUGUAAUAUGUGACUUAAUUCUUAUUUAAAUCUGGUUAAGAUUUUCGUAAUACAUAAAAUGGAUGCCUUUCACCAGUUAGCCUAAUGGAUCCAACGCCUCUGUUUGUUUGUGUGUGUGAGAGAGAGAUUAUGUACUGAUAUAACAAAUAUCAAUGUCUAGGGUAGAAAAUUAGGAGUUAAGUUAUGUUGAGCAAGUUUAAACUGCUGUUCACCACCUAGGUCCAAGCAAUUACUCUUAGGAAAUGGCUGGCAACUGCAUUAUCCCUCAGGCCAGCAUUUACGUAUUUAUAUCCAAUUUUGUGAUGAGUUCAGUGUGUUUAAAAAUUCAAGCAGUUACAAUUUUGGCAUUAGGUUUAGCUUUGAAAUGGUUAUUUGAUACAGUGUUAUAUUGAAACUGAUAAUGAAAUCAAGAAGGUUAUUCAUUGAAAAGAUAACAUUUACAUUUACAUUUUAGUCAUUUAGAUAAGUAGAUUAUCUAUGCACUAAACUAAGAUGAUUCUGUAUUCAUACUUCAGUAAAAGUGCUUUAAUAUAACUCUAUAGAACGUCUAAACCUGAGAGGAUUAGAUCCUUAUAUUGUUUUCAAUGAAUGACUCAACCAUCAUGCACCAUUACCAACAGUAAAUUAAAACCUGACAUGAAACAAGAAUGUCACGUAACACUGUUUUCACAGACAAUUUAACACAAUUAACCCCUGUUGAGAGCUGGGUUACAUUUCAAAAAUUGUGUGCCCUAAGGUUGUGAAGACAAUCGGACUGCGGGAAGUGUGGUUCUUCGGACUGCAGUACCAGGAUACAAAAGGUUUCUCAACAUGGCUCAAGCUUAAUAAGAAGGUGAGUGCCUCCAUUUAAACAAGGACAUAGUGAACAAGGCUUCCAUGCCACCUUACACUCUUAGAAGUAAAGGUGCCUGGAAAAACAGUUUUUGGUUGCCACACCGGCGGAACCUUUCCAGUUGAAAAGGAACCCCUCUGAAAAGGGUCUUCGAGGAACCCCUGUGUAAAGGUCGAACCGGAUACUUUUUGUGUUGGAAAGGGUUCAAUUUUGAACCUUUUUAAUAAUAUAUUGUAGAGGUGGCAGCCUAUCAGAUUGGAGGCAUGGCUUGUUGGAGGCGAUGCUUUCAGAUAGUUAUUUAUGGUCACCCGUUAGCGUAAAUGUCAUUCCUGUUCAACAUGUUAAGUUCGUACUCUGUAAAUUAAUAUGUUCCUUGAAUAUUUAUGCAAAUAUAUAUUCUUAUAUAAUAUUAAUAAUAUUAAUAUUGCUGACUACAUACAGUAAUAAAGUGGUAGCUAUUCAAAUUUUGGGAUUUGCAUAUGCUCUUGAGGAACUCAUACAUCUCUGUCAGUGUUCAACCUUAAUGUGAUGACAAUACAACAGAACAGAUGAACAGGAAUGACAUUUACUCUAAUGGAUGGCCAAACAAAUAUCUAUCUUAAAGCCACACCCCUACCAAGCCACGCCUCCACUCCAGGGUUCCUCCAGGAACCCCUUGCUACAUUGAACCAUAAAGGUUCCUCCAAGAACCCCUCAACUAACCGAAGGUGCAAAUAUUAACCUUUGACUAGCAAUGGUUCGUUGAAGAACUCCAGGGGUUCCUUGAGGAUGUCCAGGGUUCAUUGAGUCACCACAAAUUCUAAGAGUGUAGGUAAAAGAGAAACUGCUCCUGGCGCCUCCACUCAGCUGUAUGACCCCUGACCCUAGGUGACUGCCCAGGAUGUGAGGAAGGAAAGCCCACUGCUGUUCAAGUUCCGGGGAAAGUUCUUCCCUGAGGACGUGUCAGAGGAGCUGAUCCAGGAGGCCACCCAGAGGCUGUUCUUCCUGCAGGUGAAGGAGGGGAUCCUCAAUGAUGACAUUUACUGCCCCCCGGAGACGGCUGUGCUGUUGGCCUCCUACGCCGUGCAGGCCAAGUACGCUGACUACAACAAGGACAUCCACUCGCCAGGAUACCUGUCCAGCGACAAACUGCUGCCUCAGAGGUGAGGCCUCCACCAUCUCUAGAGUUUACAUAACACCUUUUGAUUGGACCUCCAUACUCUCUCUGCCAUAAACAGUCUAUUGUGGCAUACUUUGUUUUUAAAGUGUCAUUUAAUGUUGUCUUCGUGUUUUUAGAGUCCUGGACCAGCACAAGCUCAACAAGGAGCAGUGGGAGGAGAGGAUCCAGGUGUGGCAUGAGGAACACAAGGGCAUGCUCAGGUACUGAAACACACACACACAGACACACACAUUACUUACCCCUCCUAGCUCUGUUGUCCCUGGCCUGAAAAACAUCUGCCUCUAUUGGUUUCAAUUGAAAGUUCUAUAUCUCUCUGCACAGUACGACAUACCACGUCAUGUGGAAAAUUGCUUUAGCUUCUUUCAUAGAGUGAAUAGAUUUGCACUCUGAGAGCUUGAGUAUGUGAAAGCAUGUGCUGUGAUUUUGAAGCAUCUUGACAAUCAACUCUUAUUGAGAAUUAUUUUGGCAGCUACCCAGCUGGUAGUCUUUUAAUAACUUAACAGCUUGUGUUCCUUCUGUGCUUAAUGACUUGAUUUAUUUUACCCACACAGAGAGGACUCAAUGAUGGAGUACCUAAAGAUCGCUCAGGACCUGGAGAUGUACGGUGUCAACUACUUCAGCAUCAAGAACAAGAAAGGAUCAGAGCUAUGGUUAGGAGUGGACGCCCUCGGACUCAACAUUUACGAACAGAAUGAUAAGUGAGUGACUCAUGUAGAAAUGUACACCACAUGGGUACUCACACAUAUGGGACUGAAAGCUGUUAUACAUAUGCUGUACAAACUCAGGUCUAAUGGUUGUUUUCUGAUUGUGACGAAGUGUAAAUGAGAACGCAAAUAUCACUGUGUUGAUAUCACAUUUUUGCCUCAACAGGAUGACACCUAAAAUUGGAUUCCCAUGGAGUGAAAUCAGGAAUAUUUCCUUCAACGACAAGAAGUUUGUCAUCAAACCCAUUGACAAGAAAGCACCAGUAUGUAACCACCAAUGCCCUCUCUGUACUUAUGGUUAAAGGAAUACUGCGAGAUUAUGGCAGAGUCAGAUGAGCCCAGAGUCAGAUGAACUCAUGGAUACCCAUUUUAUGUCUCUGCGUGCAGUAUGAAGGAAGUUAGAGGUAGUUUCGCGAGCCAAUGCUAACUAGCGUUAACGCAACAACUGGAAGUCUACAGGUAUGCUAGAGUAUGCAAAACUACCUCUAACUUCCUUCCUACUGCAUGCAGAGACAUAAAAAUGGUAUCCACGAGUUCAUCUGACUCUGUGUAAUUAGAAAAACGAAUCUCGCAUCUGCUAAAGGGUGUAUGCGACCAAUAAACCUUGAUUUGAUAAAGUUAUAAAGUAUUUACUAGGGAGAGAAAUUAUUAUUGUUGCCAUAAUACUUUUUUUUAUAAAGAUUACUGGUACUCACACGUGUUCUUUCCUAGGACUUUGUAUUCUAUGCUCCACGACUGCGUAUCAACAAGCGCAUCCUGGCACUCUGCAUGGGCAACCAUGAGCUGUAUAUGCGUCGCCGCAAACCAGACACCAUCGAGGUACAGCAGAUGAAGGCCCAGGCCAGAGAGGAGAAGAACCACAAGAAGAUGGAUAGGUCAGUGUCACUACCACCGCACUGUAGUUACUGCUUACAAGUCUAUUUCAAGACUUCAGAGACCUGUGGUUACUCCAGCCUCUGUCUUUGUAUCGUCCUUGUAUCAGCCCAACAGCAAUGCUCAAAAAGAAAGCUGAACAUGAAGAGCAUCAAUGGAUCAUUUCUAACAUUAAAAUCACAGCAGACUGUUGUGGGUGGCAACUGGUGGCCACUGGCCAGACAUUAUUGUCUGACGGUCUUUGUUAUGAGUGGAUGCUUCUUACUAAAGUCCCUCUAACUUCAGUAGCCAUCAGAACAUUGACAGAUCUCUUUAGCUAAUGUUUAGGUUGGCCUAUUGUCUGAUAAAGAAGGCUUGAAAAUGUUAGGAAGUUGUCCAUGUUCCCUCCCUUCUAUUUCCCUGUUUACUCUACGGCAUCUGUCAACCAGGGCACUGCUGGAGAACGAAAAGAAGAAGAGAGAACUUGCUGAAAAAGAAAAGGAAAAGAUUGAAAAGGAGAAGGAGGAUCUUAUGGAGAGACUGAAACAGAUUGAGGAACAGACAAAAAAAGCUCAGCAAGGUUGGAAACCCCCUAUGACUGUAGAACGAAUAAAUAAGAGAAAACCUAUUAUCUUUACUUAAAGCUUGGAGUCUUAUAAGAGAGUGGUUGUUCAUCACUUAUUAUUGCUUAUUGUCUAAAUACACAUAUGUUGUGUGUGUUCACCCAACACACUAUAAAGCACUGUAAGACCUAAUGUAACCUUUAUUUAAGCAAGUUAGUCUUGUUGAGAGAAAAUCUAUUUUGCAAGAGAGACUUAAUGAAGCUACAGGACAUGUAGUCCGUUCUGUCUAUUAUCAUCAUUACUGUUUGUGUGCAGAGUUGGAGGAACAGACGCGGAAGGCCCUGGAGUUGGAGCAUGAGAGGAAGCGUGCUCAGGAGGAGGCGGAGCGUCUGGAGAAGGAGCGCAGGAUGGCUGAGGAGGCCAAGACUGCCCUGCUCCAGCAGUCUGAGAACCAGAUGAAGAACCAGGAACACUUGGCGAGUUACCCACACAUUACACACAUUCACCAACAGCACACGCAGUGUCAGCACGUAGCAUUGUGCUACAGAGUGAUGAGCUACUGAGUAAUGUGAUGAUUGUUAAUUACUGUAGUUAAUUUAUUGGAAUAAAACAAAUCAUUUAUUAUUUGUAUUGUACAGAAACAUGUAUUAUCAUGAUCGUUAAUAAGCUAAUUGUAGAAAUUGUGAAAUGUAUGAACAUUGUUUAACUUCUAGUUUUCUGACUGUGGUAGUAUUCACAUGGUUUGGAAAUGAAAAUAAGCAAACAUCUGAACCUUUCCAAUCCAAACGCAUGGAAAGAAAGUGAAAAUACUGUUUUUCCCCACAGGCCACGGAACUGGCUGAGCUGACCUCAAAGAUCUCCCUACUGGAGGACGCCAAGCAGAGGAAGGAGGAUGAGGCAACGCAGUGGCAACAGAAGGUGUGGUCUCAGCUACUGCUCUCCUCAUUCACUCUGACCUCCCCCACCUUCUCAAAUUGUUUAGUCCCAUGUGUCAUUAACUACAUCCAAUGUUGCAGUAAUUCAUCCAUUAGAACAAAGUGAAGAUUAGGAUUAACCAUAGCCUAGCAUUCAAGUAUAGCUCUGAUAUGUUAUUCUGAAGUUAUAACAGUUGGACACUGUUUGUUUUAAGAUACCAUACUUAAGGCACAGACACACCGGUAGCGUAUGUCGGCUGAGAGUACUGAGCACCUCUGAACAGAGUGCCAGCCGUAAUUUGCAAACUGUGUGCAAAAUGACGGCAGUCAGAGGCGCCCACAGGCAGGUGGUCCCUAAAACACACCUUGCUGAACGAACUGCAAACGAACGGCAGAUGAACGGCAGAUCGACAUUCGGUGCGGUGUAUGCGCUCCCUUAAGGUAAAUGUGGAUCUAGCGUUCGUCUCCGAUCGUUCAGCGCGCUGUGUUUUAGGGACCACCCGCUGUAAUCGUCUGACUGCCCCAAAAAAUCACACGAUUCUACAUCACGGAUGACACUCUGUUCAGAUGGCACUCUGUUCAGAUGACACUCUGUUCAGAUGGCACUCUGUUCAGAUGGCACUCUGUUCAGAUGGCACUCUGUUCAGAUGGCACUCUGUUCAGAUGGCACUCUGUUCAGAUGGCACUCUGUUCAGAUGGCACUCUGUUCAGAUGGCACUCUGUUCAGAUGGCACCCUGUUCAGAUGGCACUCUGUUCAGAUGGCACUCUGUUCAGAUGGCACUCUGUUCAGAUGACACUCUGUUCAGAUGGCACUCUGUUCAGAUGGCACUCUGUUCAGAUGGCACUCUGUUCAGAUGGCACUCUGUUCAGAUGGCACUCUGUUCAGAUGGCACUCUGUUCAGAUGACACUCUGUUCAGAUGGCACUCUGUUCAGAUGGCACUCUGUUCAGAUGGCACUCUGUUCAGAUGGCACUCUAUUCAGAUGGCACUCUGUUCAGAUGGCACUCUGUUCAGAUGGCACUCUGUUCAGAUGACACUCUGUUCAGAUGGCACUCUAUUCAGAUGGCACUCUGUUCAGAUGGCACUCUGUUCAGAUGACACUCUGUUCAGAUGGCACUCUGUUCAGAUGGCACUCUGUUCAGAUGACACUCUGUUCAGAUGGCACUCUAUUCAGAUGGCACUCUGUUCAGAUGACACUCUGUUCAGAUGACACUGUUCAGAUGACACUCUGUUCAGAUGACACUCUGUUCAGAUGGCACUCUGUUCAGAUGGCACUCUGUUCAGAUGGCACUCUGUUCAGAUGACACUCUGUUCAGAUGGCACUCUGUUCAGAUGGCACUCUGUUCAGAUGACACUGUUCAGAUGGCACUCUGUUCAGAUGACACUCUGUUCAGAUGGCACUCUGUUCAGAUGACACUCUGUUCAGAUGACACUCUGUUCAGAUGACACUCUGUUCAGAUGACACUCUGUUCAGAUGGCACUCUGUUCAGAUGGCACUCUGUUCAGAUGGCACUCUGUUCAGAUGGCACUCUGUUCAGAUGGCACUCUGUUCAGAUGGCACUCUGUUCAGAUGGCACUCUGUUCAGAUGACACUCUGUUCAGAUGACACUCUGUUCAGAUGACACUCUGUUCAGAUGACACUCUGUUCAGAUGACACUCUGUUCAGAUGGCACUCUAUUCAGAUGACACUCUGUUCAGAUGACACUGUUCAGAGGUGCUAAGUGCUAUCGGCCAGCAAUCGCUAUUGGUGUGUCUGAGCCCUUAGACUCCCUCUGGUGGAGGGCGUUACUCCAUUGGAGGGGCCCCUCCUCUCCUCUCCCCCUGUGUGCAUGGUGACUCAUGCUGUGGGCCUGGCUGAAAGGGGUGGUUUCUCUCUGUCUUUACGCUAGGGAAAUCCUGUUUGCCUCUGAGGAUAUCUCUCACCCCAUUGUGACAUUUUCCCUAUUUUCGCAUUUAAAAGAAUGCAAAUCUAAAUGGCAGGUCCCAAAUGUUGUGUGAUUGUGCUGUAUAGAACAAACCCCCCAUUUUAAUGUGACAGAUUUAUGAGCUGAUUGGUGCACCGUACUGUCACACAGGACAUGAAUGUACAUUUUGGGUCCAUUAGGACUGUAGAAUCUUAUAGAGGUCAUUAUAGAGGUACUUGCUUCCAUUCAGCCACAAGAGCAUUAGUGAGGUCGGGCACUGAUGUUGGGCGAUUAGGCCUGGCAGUCGGCGUUCCAAUACAUCCCAAAGGUGUUUGAUGUGGUUGAGGUCAGGGCUCUGUGCAACCAGUCAAGUUCUUCCACACCGAUCUCGACAAACCAUUUCUGUAUGGACCUCGCUUUGUGCAUGGGGGCAUUGUCAUGCUGAAACAGGAAAGGGCCUUCCCCACACUGUUGCCACAAAGUUGGAAGCACAGAAUCGUCUAGAAUGUCAUUGUAUGCUGUAGCGUUAAGAUUUUCCUUCAAUGGAACUAAGGGGCCUAGCCCGAACCAUGAAAAACAGCCCCAGACCAUUAUUCCUCCUCCACCAAACUUUACAAUUGGCACUAUGCAUUGGGGCAGGUAGCGUUCUCCUGGCAUCCGCCAAACCCAGAUUUGUCCGUCGGACUGCCAGAUGGUGAAGCAUGAUUCAUCACUCCAGGAAACUCGUUUCCACUGCUCCAGAGUCCAAUGGCGGCGAGUGUUACACCACUCCAGCCAACGCUUGGCAUUGCGCAUGGUGAUCUUAGGCCUGUGUGUGGCUGCUCGGCCAUGGAAACCCAUUUCAUGAAGCUCCCGACGAACAGUUCUUGUGCUGACGUUGCUUCCAGAGGCAGUUUGGAACUCGGUAGUGAGUGUUGCAAUCAAGGACAGACGAUUUUUACACGCUAUGCGCUUCAGCACACGGCGGUCCCGUUCUGUGAGCUUGUGUGGCCUACCACUUAGCGGCUGAGACAUUGUUGCUCCUAGACUUUUCCACUUCACAAUAACAGCCCUUACAGUUGACCGGGGCAGCUCUAGCAGCGCAGAAAUUUGACGAACUGACUUGUUGGAAAGGUGGCUACUAUGACGGUGCUACGUUGAAAGCCACUAAGCUCUUCAGUAAGGCCAUUCUACUGCCAAUGUUUGUCUAUGGGGAUUGCAUGGCUGUGUUCUCAAUUUUAUACACCUGUCAGCAACGGGUGUGGCUGAAAUAGCCGAAUCCACUAAUUUGAAGCGGUGUCCACAUACUUUUGUAUAUAUAGUGUAUUUCUUCUGCCAGGGGGAAACAGAACCAGACAGGUGAAAGACUGGCUAAUACUGUGCUAUGGUGAAACAAAAUACUUUAUGGAUAUUAUACUGAACUUGGCUAACCCGAUAGCUGGCACUGUAGUUAACCUGAAGUUCACCCGUUUGUUUGUAUCACAUAACCUAUUGAUAUUCCUUCUCCUGAAUCAGUUCAUACCAUGAGUCAUUAACAUGAGUGGCUGCCCCCCUUAGGCCUGCAUGGUGCAGGAGGACCUGGAGAAGACCAAAGAGGAGCUGAAGAGCAAAAUCAUGGCGUCCCACAUACAGGAGCCUAUGCAGGCCGAGAACGAGCAUGACGAGAAUGACGAGAGCAGUGACCAGGCCAGCGCCGAGUUCACGGGCGGCAUCUCCUACAAAGACCGCAGUGAGGAGGAGCGCAUGACCGAAACCGAGAAGAACGAGCGUGUGCAGCAACACCUGCUGGUGAGUGACCGACUGUGGCUGCUGCCCACAUCAAACCCCCCCCCAGCACUGUUUAUAGGGGUUGUAUCACUGUUUAUGAUAGUGUAGAGAUCAAAAGAAUGGCGCAUAUAAACGUAUCCUGUUAUGCCUGUGUUGUUGUGUGAGCUAUAGUGAAACUUGGCAGUAAUGUUAUGUUUCCUCUACCAGGCUUUGAGCUCGGAGUUGGCCAUCGCUCGGGAUGAGACCAAGAAAACCGCAAAUGACAUCAUCCACGCAGAUAAUGUGAAAGCGGGAAGGGACAAGUACAAGACCCUCCGGCAGAUUCGGUCGGGCAACACCAAGCAGCGUAUAGACGAGUUUGAGUGCAUGUGAUGCAUCUUGUUUGCAACUGCUAUAGGCCCCACAGUGGUGCCAUACUUGGUCCAUUCAUUCUAGACUGCAGACACUGCCUUACACAAGCUACAGUGCCUUCUACCCAAACAAGACCAGUAUACAUAUCAAAGAGCAAAAAGAAAAUACUGCACAAUGUAUUUGAAUAAUGGUGCACAAAUUACAAUACAAGUACAAUACAAUGAAAUAAGUGCAUCAGUUAAUAAGGGAGAUAUUUAAUAGAAGAACAGUUUAAAGUGGAUAAGAUUUGAUCAUUUUGAUUAUAGAUGGAGGAGGAUGUUGUAUUGAUGAUCAUUUACAAGUUAUUUUUAAUUGAUUCAUUCCUCACACUGUUUUAAACUGAAAACGAACAAAACAACAACUCGAUGCAGGACAGCUGCAAUUUGAAUUACAUUAUGGUUGGUCACUAUUUAGGUGUCAUUGUUUCAGAGCAGGUUUGUUUGUUUUGAGGUGGACCGUUAAGCAUUUUCAACAAAUGAAGAGAACAUCAAACUGUAUUUAAAUGUGCAUUUUUUUAUUCUAAUUUUAAGCAUUUAAAUAGAUGGUUGUCUUUCUAAGAGAAGGACAUCUUUGUUCGGAAACUCUCAGCAGUAUUACUUUUACAUAAGAUUUGAUUAAGUCCAUAUGAAAUAAGCGCUGGAAUACCACAUUUUCCUUUUUCAGAGAGAGACAUACAGGACCUCUGAAUGACUCUUUACAGACCAAGUGUAUCUGCUAUGACAUAUAGCCAUGCACACUAGUAUUUGCCAUGAUUAGGAGUUUCUUUUUGUAUAUCAAUCUUUUGCAAAAUCUUGUAUUAUAUGGCAUUUGAAGCAAUAUGAUUCUAAGGCCUGCCGUGAAAGAUUUAUUUUGUCAUUUGGAUUUUUCAAUAAAACAAGUUAUGUGUAAAAAGAUGGAUGUCUUACGAAUUGUAUGUGUCCCUCUAGCCUUUUGUCAAUAAAUUAUAUGAAUGACUGGAAGCCACCAGCCAGAAUUAAAACAAGGAUGACUAUUGUAAUUAUUACAGUACUGGGCAGUGCCUUGUCUUCUGCAGAAUAUUUCAGCAGACCUUUGCUGCUUAAGUCUCC